AAUGUUGUCUCAAAAGAUUCUUCUCAACCUCCGUGCCUUCGCCUUUCACCCACUGGCCUACAGCACCACCACAAACCCGGCUAACGAGGUUUUCAUCGAAAGAUUGACUGGAAAAGAUGAAGGAAUCACAAUUCUCAACAUGAACCGUCCGGCGAAGAAAAACUCCUUGGGACGAGUUUUUAUGGACCAGUUCCGUGAGGUGCUCGACGAGCUCAAGUACGAUCCAAAGACACGUGUGGUGAUUCUCAACUCGAAAUGCGAUAAUGUGUUCUGUAGUGGUGCGGAUUUGAAAGAACGCAAGACUAUGAGCCAGCAGGAGGCCACCAGAUUUGUCAAUGGGCUCCGUGACUCGUUUACUGAUGUAGAACGCCUUCCACAGCCAGUUAUCGCCGCAAUCGACGGAUUUGCACUGGGAGGUGGAUUGGAGUUGGCACUGGCUUGUGAUAUUCGUGUUGCUUCUCAAAAAGCCAAAAUGGGCCUAGUCGAAACAAAAUGGGCUCUAAUUCCCGGCGCCGGAGGUUCUCAACGUCUCUACCGUAUUGUCGGAGUCGCAAAAGCCAAAGAGCUCAUCUACACAGCUGAAGUGCUCAACGGAGCCGAUGCUGCCAAGCUUGGAGUCGUUAAUCACGUCGUUGAAGCCAAUCCAAUCGAAAAAUCACUGGAAAUCGCACGAAAAAUCAUUCCAAGAGGCCCGAUUGCUGUGAAAUUGGCCAAAUUGGCAAUUAAUUUGGGCUCUCAGACUGAUAUUACCAGUGCUUUGAGUGUUGAGCAACAAUGUUAUGCACAAAUUGUACAUUCAAAAGAUCGAUUAGAGGGAAUGGCGGCUUUUGCUGAGAAGAGAGAUCCUAUUUAUAAGGGCGAAUAAAUUUUGGGAGAAAAGGGAGAAAUUCGGCGGGACAUUGAGUGAAAAAUCGCGAAAAUUCGACGAAAAACGAGUGAAAAUUGAAUUUUCUUGGAUUUUUGGAUUUCUGGCAAUUUCGGCCCGAAAUUCAGAAAAAAAAAUUAGUGAAAAAUCGUAAUUCUCGAAAAACUUGAAUUUUUCACAAAUUUUCUGCGAUUUUUGAUUUAAAAAUCGACUUUUCAGAAAUAUUUUGAACACAUUUUGAUGAAAAUUUGUGAAAAAAAAAUUCAAAAACUGUGUGAAACUUGAUUUUUCAAGAGAUUUCGGAGUUUUUAACGAUUUUUAAGCGCAUUUUUGCGCAAAAAUGCUGAAUUUUACAAAAAAAAAACGUGAUUUUUUGAUGCAAAAAUGUCAAAAAUUGCACAAUUUUUUAAAAAUUUUUGCAGAAAUUUUCAACUUUUCAUCGAUUUUCCCGAUUUUUCUCUCAAUUUCUCCCAUUUUUCCUAUACUUUCUCGAAUAAUUGUAUUUCUAGAUGUGUCGCUAUUAUUUAUUUUAAUUUCAGGAUUUUUUGAGCUUUUUCAAUGUGUAAUUUUACACCGGUUUUUAAUAAAGUUUUUAUCGCA